UCCCCCCGCGCUGCAUUCUGGGAAACUAAGUUUACUGUCGUUUGGAAAAGAUGGCAGGCGUGCAGCCGCCACCCCUACGGACCCUCGAUGAUUUCCUCCUGAGCUCGGCCCGGUUCGCCGUGCCCGACCUGCGCGACCUGGACCGCUGGAACAACCGUAUCAUCAACAACCUGCUGUACUACCAGAGCAAUUAUUUCCUGUCCGCACUGGGCUUCCUGCUCGUAGUGGCGUAUUUCCAGCCCUUCGAGUUGUUGGUGGGGGCGAUGGUGGUCACCUUGUUGUUCGUGGGCUUUGUCUGGGCUGCUGAGAACCAAGCUCCCAUUCGACGUUUCCGUAGAAACCACCCAUCAGUCGCUGUGUUGGCUAUUCUUUUGGUCAGUUAUCUGUUCCUAUCAGUGUUGGGAGGCGUGGCCGUGUUCCUGUUUGGGAUAGCCUUCCCUAUACUGAUGGUUCUUGUCCACGCUUCGGUGAGACUGCGCAGCCUGAAGAACAAGCUGGAGAACAAAUUGGAGAGCAUCGGUCUGAAGAGGACACCCAUGGGACUCCUGUUAGAGGCCCUGGGACAGGAACAGGAGGCUGGAUCCUAGAGAGGAAGAGGAGGAGGAGAUUCCUCCUGACCGCCGUUUUAAUCCAAGUUUGUGAAACUUGGCUGCAAGAAUGUUUCCUCCACUGUAACGUGCCAUUCUGUUCAAAGCAUUUCAAGAUGCAGAGAAUGCCAGCUUUUGUGUUUGUGUGUGAAUUUUUGAUAAUUAAUCAUAUUGUUUACAAAUAAAAGCUUUGUUAGAAUCGGUGCCCUGAAGAAACAAAUAAUCCUCUAAAUGGUUGAUCAUGUAUGUGCCAUUGUAGUUUUGAUAUUUGCCUUGUACAAUUAUGUUUUAGACAAUUAGCUGACAUACUUAUUCAAAGCCACAUGACAGUUGUCCAAGGACACUUCAGCAGGAAACAUGAACAUGUGACUCUUCUGUUGCAUGUCUCUCUAACCACUAGAGCAGUCUGUCCUACCACUGGUGGUUUGUCUUGACCUCUUGAUCCUGCAUCAACACAAGUCAGAAAGAAAUGCCUUAUGGUAUAAUCUGUAACUCGUAAGAAUUUGCUGAAUUACUAGAAUGUAAAACAUUUUAGCAUGACAGUGCACAAUUAACUUAUUUUACAAGUGAUCAUUCUGAAUGUUCAGUGUUGCCUUCCAUUCAGCCAAGUGUUUGAAUUUUGAUUCACCAACACAGUGUCUUGGGGUUUUUGCCAAAAGCUGGUGAAUACAUUUAUUUAAAACACCAUUUUUAAAUAAAAAAGAUUGCUGUCCUGCAGUGUU